AUGUUCAGGAUUUCUGUGUUAUUACUUUUUGUACUUCCAAUUGGCAUCAUAGCGAAGCCACUAAAACCCUGGGAUGAACAUUCCAAUGACGCAGUUGAAAAAGGCUGGGUAUCCAUUGAUGACAAAGGUAUGGCCUCCUGGGGUGUGGAAGUGGAGCCUCCUGAAGACAUGGAUGAAACCAGCUUUGACAUCGACCCGAGUAUGAAAAUCUGGAAGAGUGUGCAGAGUGAACAAAGAAACAAAUACCAAAUGGCUGAAGCUGAUUUGGAUGAUAUGCAACAUCCUUCUACAGAAAACCUCCUUCAAGCCCUUUCUGCUGCAGACAUGCAAGUAAAAGAUGUCACACGUACUGAAGAAACGCAUGACAGCCGCUCAGAACUUCCACGGCUGGAGCCUGAAGAAGACUGGGAUGAACUUUACCACAGUGAAGAGGACGUGCGCAAGUAUCUGGCGCCUCUUGUGGUGGGAGAUGAUGGUGCAGCGCCCUCUGAGCCUGAGCUGGAUGAGGAGUUCUUAUACCACGCUGAUGUUGACUCUGGCAUGAGGCUGGUUCCACUGGAGCCUGAAGUGAUGGCGGAGAAUCAGGGGAGGCUUUACCUGGAGCCAGAAGAAGACAUGGACGAUAUUUAUCACAGAGACGUCCCAGAGAUGACCCCCUUUAACAGUGAGGUGGAUUCUGUGGACGGGCCCAUGCAAAAGUUCACUCAGCCAGAGGAAGAUCUGGAUGCAGUUUAUCAUGAAUAA